UUCCCCUCCUCUCUUCCCCUCCCCUGCAGUGCCGGCGGCGGAGCUGGAGCCGCAGCAGCCGCAACCUCAGCCAUGGACUCGGCCCUCAGUGAGCCCCACAAUGGCAGCGGCCCCGCCGAGCCCUCCGUAGCCCCUAGUACGACCAACGGCACGGCGCGGCCGCCCUCCACCCCUGAGGGCAUCGCCCUGGCCUACGGCAGCCUCCUGCUCAUGGCGCUACUACCCAUCUUCUUCGGGGCCUUGCGCUCGGUGCGCUGCGCCCGCAGCAAGAAUGCUUCAGAUAUGCCAGAGACCAUUACCAGUCGAGACGCUGCCCGGUUUCCCAUCAUUGCUAGCUGCACACUCUUGGGCCUCUACCUCUUCUUUAAAAUCUUCUCUCAAGAGUACAUCAACCUCUUGCUCUCCAUGUAUUUCUUCGUGCUGGGGAUCUUGGCUCUCUCUCACACCAUCAGCCCCAUCAUGAACAAGUUCUUCCCAGCAAAUUUCCCUAACAAGCAGUAUCAACUACUCUUCACACAAGGCUCUGGGGAGAAUAAGGAAGAAAUUGUCAAUUAUGAGUUUGACAGCAAGGAUCUUGUGUGCCUGACCCUGAGCAGUGUCAUCGGAGUCUGGUAUCUGCUAAGGAAACACUGGAUCGCCAACAACCUCUUUGGCCUGGCCUUUUCCCUCAAUGGAGUGGAGCUCCUGCACCUCAAUAAUGUCAGCACAGGCUGCAUCCUGCUCGGAGGCCUCUUUGUCUACGACAUCUUCUGGGUUUUUGGCACCAAUGUGAUGGUCACUGUAGCCAAAUCCUUUGAGGCACCCAUAAAAUUGGUUUUCCCCCAAGACCUGCUGGAGAAGGGGCUAGAGGCUGACAACUUUGCCAUGCUAGGGCUGGGAGACAUCGUCAUUCCAGGUAUCUUCAUUGCCUUGCUUCUGCGUUUUGACAUCAGCCUGAAGAAGAACACACACACCUACUUCUAUACCAGUUUUGUGGCAUACAUCUUUGGCCUGGGCCUCACCAUCUUCAUUAUGCAUGUCUUCAAACAUGCUCAGCCAGCAUUGCUCUAUCUGGUCCCUGCCUGCAUUGGUUUCCCCCUGCUGGUGGCCCUGGCAAAGGGAGAAGUCACCGAGAUGUUCAGCUAUGAAUCUUCUGCUGAAAUCUUGCCACAUACUCCUCGGCUUACCCACUUCCCCACUGUCUCGGGCUCACCCGCCAGCCUUGCGGAUUCCAUGCAGCAGAAAGUGGCCUGUCCCCGCCGCCGCCGGCCACACAGCCCCAGCACCCUUUAUGAGGAGACAAACCAGGAGAAGGAGUCUGCCAGUGAGUGCAAAGAGGGAAUGCCGCUGUCAUCAUCAUCAUCCUCCUCUGAGAUGGAAAAGAAGGAGCAGUAAGGGUGGGUUUGGAGUCAGGCAGGGCUGGGCCCUCCUGCCACCAGUUCAGGGGCUGGGGGGAAGAGAUGAAGGCCCUGCAGAACUGGGUAUGGAUGUUCUGGGCCUUAGGCUGCCCUCAGGCCAGGCCCUUCUCCUCCCUCCUAAGUCUGGCCUUGGAAUUUUCUCUUUGUUUCUGAUCGUGUAUCUCCUUUUAUCCUCCCUCCCCAAUACUGGGCAGAGAAACCCCAACUACCCUUUAUGGGGAGGGGGACAGGGGUGGUGAGGGGGGUCUGGUUUUUAAAUUUUUUUGUAUUACUAUGAACCCCUCACUCUCACAUUAAAAGUCUAUGUCAAGUGAAAACUGAG